AUGAUCAGAAGUAGCUUGUCGCUAGCCAAGCGCACUUCUGUUGCCAGAUGUGCUUCUUUACUACCUAGGAAUGUCAUCUCCCCAGUUCGUUUCUACGCAGCCAACAAGAGUGUCCCGCUUACAGCAGAGACUUAUAAGGACAAGGUUCUGAGAGAUCCUCGCUACAAGAGCUUGGAAGAAAGCGAUCUUAGUUUUUUUCGCCAGGUUUUGGAAAACGAUAACUAUGUUGUCACUACAGCGGAAGACCUCGAGUUCUUCAAUGAAGACUGGAUGAGAAAGUACAAGGGCCAGUCUAAGUUGGUGUUGAAGCCAAAGACCACUGAGCAGGUUGCAAGUAUCUUGAAGUACUGUAACGAGAAGAAGCUUGCUAUCGUUCCUCAGGGUGGUAACACUGGUUUGGUCGGUGGAUCUAACCCUGUUUUCGACGAGAUUAUCAUCUCUCUUGCUAACAUGAACAAGGUCAGAUCCUUCGAUAAUGUCAGUGGUAUUUUGAAGUGUGACGCUGGUGUUAUUUUGGAAAAUGCAGACAAUUUCCUUGCUGAGAAUGGCUACAUUUUCCCUCUUGACUUGGGCGCCAAAGGCUCCUGUCAUGUUGGUGGUGUGGUUGCAACCAACGCUGGUGGUCUCAGAUUGUUGAGAUACGGCUCCUUGCAUGGAUCUGUACUUGGCUUGGAGGCUGUUUUGCCCGAUGGAACUAUUUACAGCUCCAUGGAUGCUUUGAGGAAGGAUAACACCGGCUAUGACUUGAAGCAAUUAUUUAUUGGUUCAGAAGGUACCUUGGGUGUCAUCACCGGUGUGUCUAUCUUGUGUCCUGCUAGACCAACUGCUACAAAUGUUGCUUUUCUUGCUGUCUCGUCUUAUGAGGCUGUUCAGAAGGUGUUUGUUGGUGCUCGUAGGGAGUUGUCCGAGAUUCUCUCUGCCUUUGAAUUCAUGGAUGGAAAGUCUCAGCUCUUAACCGCUCGUUAUUUGAGCGCUGAUCACCCUAUUGAAUCUGGCGAGUACCCCUUCUAUGUCUUGAUCGAGACCAGCGGCUCCAACAGAGAUCAUGACAUGGAGAAGAUCGAGACGUUCUUGGGAAAUGCUAUGGAGGAAGGCUUGGUUGAUGAUGGUAUCAUCGCACAAGAUGAGACACAGCUUCGCAACUUGUGGUCUUGGAGGGAAUCAAUUCCUGAAGCCUCGGCCCAUGCUGGUGGCGUUUAUAAAUACGAUGUCUCUAUUCCUUUGGCCAAUCUCUACGGCUUGGUGGAUGCAGCCUCCCAGAAGUUGAAUGACGCUAAAAUGGUGGAUUUCGAUGAUGAGUCCAAGCCAGUUGUUGAAGCCAUUGGCUAUGGUCACUUGGGUGACGGUAAUUUGCACUUGAACGUGUGCGUCAGGGAGUACAGCAAGGACGUGGAGAAGCAAUUGGAGCCAUUUGUGUAUGAGUGGAUCCAACAGAACAAGGGGUCCAUUUCUGCUGAGCACGGCCUCGGCUUCCAAAAGAAGAACUACAUUGGUUAUUCCAAGAGUGAUAUCGAGAUUAAAAUGAUCAAGGACGUGAAGAACCAUUACGAUCCAAACGGCAUCCUCAACCCAUAUAAAUAUAUCUAA